CUAAAACCCUAGAAAAAGAACGGAAGCCACACAAAAAAAACCUCCCACGUUCACGACUUCGCUCCGCCAACCGCCUCGUUCUCUCUCAGCCCUGCUCUGCUCGCUCGCUGCUGGUGUUCUUCCUCCUCCUUCGCGGCAACCAUGGGCAAGAAACUGAAAGACAUAGAAACUCCGCAAAUUGACGACACCGCGAGUAGAAAGGAGAAGAAGAAAAACAAGAAGAAGAAGCAGCAGCAGCAGGAAGAGGCAGAAAUCGAGGAACAACAAGCAAGUGGAAAGCAGGCGAAGAGAAAGCUCGACCAAGCUCAAUUAGGAGGUGAAGCAACUGAAAAUGGAAGCAGGAAGAAGGAUAAGAAGAAGAAUAAGAAGCAGCAGGAGGAGAAUGGCGGGAAAGAGGAGGCAAACGGAGGCGGGGUAGAGGCGGUGAACGGGAAGGAGAAUGGCGGAGUUCGAGAAGAGAGCGGUAGUAAGGAAGGCGGCGAGGUAGAUAAGGUUUUGGUUACUGGAAAGGAUGCGGAUGAUUCCAAAUACAGGCCGUUGAAGUCGUUCGCGGAGGCGAAGCUGCCGGAGAAAGUGCUGGAGUGCUGCCAGGGUUUCAAAACACCCUCGCCGAUUCAGUCUCAUUCCUGGCCUUUCUUGUUGGACGGGCGUGAUUUCAUUGGCAUUGCCAAGACUGGUUCAGGGAAGACAUUGGCGUAUGGGAUACCUGCAAUAAUGCACGUAAUGAGCAAGCGUAAAGGCAAAAUGGAGAGAGGGCAAAUUCCACUCUGUUUGGUGCUUGCACCUACAAGAGAGUUAGCUGACCAAAUUUUUGUUGUCCUGCGUGAUGCUGGGGAGCCGAAUGGUAUACGAUCAGUCUGUGUGUAUGGAGGAACGCCUAAAGGUCCUCAAAUAGCUUCUUUGAAGUCUGGUGUGGACAUUGUGAUUGGAACCCCUGGUCGUUUGAAAGAUUUGAUUGAAAUGGAGGUCUGCCGCCUUAAAGAUGUAUCUUAUGUGGUCCUUGAUGAAGCAGAUAGAAUGCUGGAUAUGGGAUUUCGGCAAGAAGUGCAACAUAUACUGAGCAAAACAGCUUCUCGUACAAUCUCUCUCUCUCUCUCCCCCCCUCUCUUCAUUCUCUGUGUGUGUCUCAACUAGAGGAAACAGGGACUGCCUUCAGAUGGUAGCUGCUGUACAUAGGCUUAGAGUUUUGUAUGGUCCCUAGGGCUGCCAAUUCGGCUGCGCAUGGAGCCCUUCCUCUGUGCAAAUAGGUAAAAAAAAAAAAAAACGCUUAGUUGAAGAGAGGCAAUAAUUAUUGUGGGAGUUGUAGAUGGUCUUUAAACUGAGUAGAUGUGGAAGUUCUGCCUGGAGAAAAUGAAUGCACUAUUUUGUAAAUCCAUCAAUCCAUACUUGAUAAUGUCUACUUCAUUAGUUCUUUAAACUGAUACUUGAGCUUUAAAAAUUAGUUUCUGUGUGGCCCUGCUUAAAUAUCUUUUGUCUCUUCCUUUGAAACUUGUCAAAGCUCGCCAGAUGCUAAUGUUCAGUGCUACAUGGCCACUGGAUGUUCACAAUCUAGCCAAGGAUCACAUGGACCCCAACCCAGUUAAGGUGGUUGUAGGUUCCGAAGAUACAGCUGCCAACCAUGACGUCUUGCAGAUUGUUGAGGUCAUUGAAGACCGGUUACGUGAUGACCGCUUGCUUGCGUUGUUAGAAAAAUAUCACAAGAGCCAAAAGAACAGGGUGAUCGUUUUUGCAUUGUACCAAAAGGAAGCUGAGCGCCUUGAGGGAAUGUUAAGGAGGAGUGGAUGGAAGGUUGUUGGUAUACACGGAGCCAAAUCACAGGAGCAGCGGACGAAGUCACUGUCGUUAUUUAAGACAGGAGGCUGUCCUUUAAUGGUGGCUACUGAUGUGGCUGCUCGAGGAUUGGAUGUUCCAGAUGUUGAAGUCGUGAUCAAUUACAGUUUCCCGCUCACUACCGAAGAUUACGUCCACAGAAUCGGGAGGACUGGACGUGCCGGGAAGAAGGGCGUUGCUCAUACUUUUUUCACGCACCAUAAUAAGGGACUCGCGGGCGAGCUAGUGAAUGUCCUCCGCGAAGCGAAGCAGAUAGUUCCGGAAUCCCUAUUGAAGUUUGGUACUCAUGUCAAGAAAAAGGAAUCGAAGCUGUAUGGUGCCCACUUCAGAGAGAUAAGUGCGGAUGCUCCCAAGGCUAAGAAGAUAACAUUCAACUCGGAUGAUGAGGACUGAAUCCAAAGAUCAUCUUCUUCGCUCAGUUAUAUUAUUUCCUUUUAACCGGUAAGCAUUGUUUCCUUCUAUUUAUCCCCCUGGUUUUGUCAAGCGCAAUUUUGUUCCAUUGCUUAACACUCGAUGAUUCAUGUACCAUUCAUGUAAUGUGAACAUAAACCGUUUUCAUAAGAUACAUCAGUCAUCACUAUCAGUCUCACCCGAGAAUCCUUGGGUGUCUUCUUUUGUGAUAAUCUUGAAUCUUGAUUAGCUCUCCUCAC